AUGUCGCUAAGAAAAGCAUAUUGCAGCACGAAAUCCAAAGAGGAAAUCGAAAAACUGGUGAAGAAUAACAAAGUUGUAGUGUUCAUGAAAGGUGUUCCGGAGCAACCUCAGUGCGGCUUCAGCAAUGCCGUAGUUCAAAUAUUAAGAAUGCACGGUGUUACUUACGAUUCUCACAAUGUCUUGGCGGAUAAUUCUCUGAGACAAGCCGUAAAAGAUUUUUCAAAUUGGCCCACCAUACCCCAAAUUUACAUAAACGGCGAGUUUGUUGGCGGUUGUGAUAUAAUGCUACAAAUGCACCAAUCCGGCGAUUUAAUCGAGGAACUAGAAAAAGCCGGAAUUCGUAGCGUUUUAUUAGAUAAAAAUAAAAACGAAGAGAAGAAAUAA